AUGACUGCGGCGCUUCUGCUAAAGCCCAUAGGCAGCAGCAGCGUGCGCUCUGCUCGUGCUCUGCCAAUGCGACAUGUCAGACGCACAAUAUCGACGGCAUCGUGGCCGAGGACAAUACCAACCGCACAACGAGCUCUUCCGAUCUUGCAAAUUCAACGACAGCUCUCGAGCACUCACGGGACCCUGAACAGUGCGGCCGUAUCCGACCACCCCAUCGACCACCCAGACGAAGCCACCCCACCACCGCCAAGCGCAGACGAAUUCGUCUCCUCAACAACCCCAGCCUUCUCCCUCCGCCCGUACCAAGAGGAAUGUAUCCGUGACUGUCUCUCCGCCCUCUCCUCCGGCGUUACCCGUAUCGGCGUCUCCUCUCCCACUGGCAGCGGAAAGACCACCAUCUUCACCCACCUGAUCGACCGCAUGCCUCCCCGUCCUACAGGCGGGGAUCGAGUGCUCAUUAUCGUAAACUCCAUCGAACUUGCCCUACAAGCAGCAAACGCAGUCACAAGCAUGUUUCCCGAGAAAUCAGUCGAAAUCGAACAGGGCGCCAAAUACAAGGCUUCCGGUCUGGCAGAUGUUACCGUAGCAACCUAUCAGACUCUGAACAGAAGUCAGGAGAGAUUGAACAAGUUCGAUCCGGCAUGGUAUAAGGCUGUAGUGGUAGAUGAGGCUCAUCAUGCUGCUGCGCCGUCGUAUCUUAAUGUUUUGUCUCACUUCGAUCCGCAUAUUGGUAUGGAUCUCGAGAGCAGACAAAGCGAUAGCAACAGCACGGGAGCAGAGGAAAGAGUCCCGGUCAUAGGCUUCUCCGCAACCUUCAGCCGGCACGACGGAUUGGCGCUGGGGAAGGUCUUCGAUCGGAUCGUAUUCCACAAAGACUUUCUCGAAAUGAUCGGCGAAAAGUGGCUCUGUCCCAUCCUUUUCACCUCCAUUAAAGCCGAUAUCGAUCUCACCUCGGUCAAACUUUCCAACCUUAACUCUGACUUCGCUGCCUCCUCCCUCGCUUCCGUGGUCAACACCGACGUCGUCAACCGGUUGAUCCUCAAAGCAUGGAUCGAUCGCGCACACACCCGUCGUCGCUCCACACUGAUCUUCGCAGUCAACAUCGAACAUGUACAAGAUCUCACCGCUACUUUCCGCAACGCAGGUAUCGAUGCGAGGUAUCUGCAUGGUGGAACGCCGAUGCAUGAACGUCGACAGCUACUCGAUGACUUUAGGAACGGAGUCUAUCCCGUGCUGGUGAAUUGUGCAAUUCUGACAGAAGGUGCGGAUGUGCCAGCGAUAGAUUGUGUGCUUUUGGCGAGACCGACAAGAUCGAGGAACUUGUUCUCACAGAUGAUUGGGCGAGGUUUAAGGUUGAGUCCUAAGACAGGCAAAAAGGAUUGUUUGGUGUUGGAUAUUGUAGGAAAUAUUGAGAAAGGGGUUGUUUGUACGCCGACGCUGUUCGGGUUGAAUGCGGAUGAUAUUAUUGAAGAUGAAUCUGCGGAGGGGCUGUUGGAGCGAUCGCAGGAAACAGAAUCCUUUGAUUCCACUGCGAAGGAGACAGCAGAACCCGCGGAUCCUUUCUCAAUCUCCCUCUCCGACCCAACAAAAAUCACUUAUAUCGACUACGACGACCCAUAUCAACUCCAACAAGCCAUGCUCUCACGCUCUACAAUGGUAGAAACAAUGUCGCCCAACGCAUGGGUCGAUUGUGGUGGGCAAACGUACAUCCUCGACGUACCACGCUACGGUUUCGUUACCGUCGAACGUCACACCCCUUCCACAACCGAAGGGGGAGAGGGGGCAGAAUGGACUUCCUGGUUCACCCCUUCGAAUUUAGACGCAGAUGAAGCAGCCGCCGCGUCUGGCCGUUCCUCUUCCAACCCUUACAAACGGUUCCAGGGUGGAUCACUAUACCGUCGUCCCCGACACAUCCUUUUCUCUUCCACACUCGAAUCCGCAAUACGAGGGUCAGACCAGUAUGUGCAGAAAUCAGUCUUCCGAAACGCACCUCAACUGUUCGCCAUGCUUAAUCGGCGUGCGAAUUGGAGGCAGACAAAAGCUACGGACUCGCAGAGAAGAUUGGUCGAGAAGCGACUUGGUUUGUCCAAACUCUCUUCGACUGCCGCAAAUGAAGGAGGGGAGAAAGGGGUUGGGAGGGGAAAAAAAGCUCUCACCUCAGCUUCAGAGCUUACGAAAGGUCAGGCAAGUAUCAUUCUCACGAGGCUACUACAUGGCUCGAAGAGUAGGUGGAAGGAGAGAGUGAAAGCUUCGAAUAAAGUUUGGAGGGGGAUAGAGAAGGAGAGGGAAAGGAAGGAGAGGGAGAUUGUGCGGGUUGGACCGCUGGCGGGUUGA